AUGUACCAAGUGUACUGUUUUCUUGGUGAAGGAAGGACCUCACCUCUUGCUUUGUUCCUAGGUAUAUCUUCAAAAGGGUGGUCCAUGCACGUCCCAUCAGAGGUCAUCGGUGAGGUUGGCAAGUCUGUGGCCCUGCCCUGCACUUUCACUCAUCCCCACAACAUGUACGACAAGGCCUUGACCGCCAUUUGGCGUGUGAAAGAGCCUUUCAACGGAUCGGUGGUUUUCAAGUGCGUCACCCACAGCUCAAGUGACCUCUGCAGAACUACCGUUGGCUCGAAGAACAGAUACCGACUCUUGGGAAAUCCGAGGCAGAACAACCUCUCACUCCAAAUCGACAAUCUGAGCUGGAACGAUAGCAACCGAUAUUUCUGCCGGGUUGAAUUCUCAGGGGAUUUCCAUGACAAAUACGAGAGCCGGGUUGGGAUCCAUCUCCGCCUCAUAGCUGCCCCGAGGAUUAUAAAUAUCUCUGUCCAGGCUGGCCAGAACCACGACUUCCAUGCCACGUGCACGGCGGAAGGUGAACCCCUGCCCUCCCUGACGUGGGCUGGUCCCCUGUCUGGAAAUGCCACCUCAGUUUCCAGCACAACUCACCAGAUAACCAAGGAGCUUCCACACCUGACUCACGAUGGAAAAUACACCUGUAUGGCUAUGAACAGCCACGGCAGAGCUGAAGGGACGGUCUACUUCUACAGGUUCAAAGCUGGCAAUGGCUCCUGGAUCAUGAUUCUCUUGUUUGUCGCCUUGGGGAUUAAGUUGCUGGUCCUGGUGGUGAUCUUGGGGAUUGGGGCUGUUUGCAAGGGAGACAACCACGGCAAGAAUCUCCAUAUGAAAACUUCAAUCGGGGAAUCAACUCCAUAAGUCAAAGUCUGUCUCCAG